UUUCGGUUAUCUGAUAUUAUUCGGUUCAAACUUCAAACCCGAUUUCUCACAUCUAAAUUUUAGUUCGUCUUUUGUUAUUAAUUUCUCUUGCAGGAAAACAUGGCUGCCACUGUUGCAAGCUUGCCUCCACCACUGUUAGUCCAUGGUCGGAAGUCCUUUUUCCGUAGUUUUCAGAAACACCAAGUUUAUACCGCUAAAGGAGAAUCUCAUUCGACGUUUAAAGCGACUGUCUUUGAGAGAAAGAAUCAUAUUGCUGUUGUUGUGAAGGCUUCGCAAGAAGGCUCUGAUUCCUCAACCUCGCUUGGCAUUGUUAAGUCUGUUCAAAAUGUUUGGGAUAGUUCGGAAGACCGGCUGGGUCUUAUUGGUUUGGGUUUUGCUGCUGUAGUGGCUUUUUGGGCGUCAACAAAUCUUGUUGGGGUCAUUGACAAGGUACCGCUUAUUCCAACCGUACUGGAACUUAUAGGAAUACUAUUUUCCUCGUGGUUCGUAUAUCGCUAUCUUUUAUUCAAACCUGGCAGGGGGGAGCUUCGCGAAAUUGUCGGUAAUACAAUAUCUGCCAUACUGGGUCAGUGAUAUGUCCUUGGAAAAGUAAGUGAUGGUUUGUGUUUCGGUAUUGUCCCGGAGAUUGCUAGAGACAAGGAAGGGUUGGAGGGUGGUGUAGUUGAACUGUAUGUAUCUAGUGUCAAUCAAAACAUUACCAAGCAUUCUAUUGCUUCAAUUCAACAAAGAAUGUGUAGAAAUUGUCUUUGCUGAGCAUACAAUGGAGGUGUAACCUUUUUUUUCGUUGUGAUUCCCCUGUUUGGCAUUCCGAUCGAACUUACCUAAGGAUUCAUUUACUUCCUUGCAUGUAUUGUGGGAGAUUGAGUUUUGACCACCGAUUAUGAGUGCAUGGAUCAUGAAUUGCAAUUUCA